ACAGCUGGCCUCUUGAACGUUCUCUGCUCAACACGUCUCCUCCUCUUCCAGAUGGCCCAGCUCUCUCUCUCCUCCUCUCUCUCUCCUCCGCCGUCUGCGUCUGCUGCCGCCGCUUCCUCGAAGCUUCGCAAGCGAAUCAGACUGCCUUCCUUCGGAGUCCGAGGUUCUUCUUCAUCGUCGUUUCCGUACGCUUCACCUAAAGUCGUCGUCACCAGAGAGCAUGGCAAGAACGGGAAGCUCAUCAACGCCCUGGCCAAACAUGGUAUUAACUGUUUGGAGCUUCCCCUCAUCCAGCAUACUCAGGGACCUGAUUUGGAUAGACUUUAUUAUGUAUUAAAUGAUUCUGCAUUUGACUGGAUUGUGAUAACUUCUCCAGAAGCGGGGUUGGUCUUUCUUGAUGCUUGGAAGGCUGCUGGAAGCCCAAAUGUUAAUGUUGGUGUUGUGGGAACUGGUACGGCAAGUGUAUUUGAGGAAGCUGUGCAUUCAUCAAAGCAAUCUCUUAAAGUUGCCUUUGAACCCUCCAAAGCUACGGGCAGGGUUUUGGCUUCUGAGCUUCCAAAAAAUUCAAAUGAAAAAUGCACUGUCUUAUAUCCAGCUUCUGCAAAAGCUAGCAGUGAGAUUGAGGAAGGCUUGUCUAAUCGUGGAUUUGAGGUCACAAGGCUGAAUACAUACACAACGGUUCCUGUUCAUCGUGUUGACCAUAUGGCUUUAGAGCAGGCACUUUCUGCUCCUGUGGUUUCUGUAGCUUCGCCUUCUGCAGUUCGUGCUUGGGUCAACCAUAUUUCGGAUGUGGACAAGUGGGGCAAUUCUGUUGCCUGUAUUGGUGAGACAACUGCUGUGGCUGCAAAAACAUUAGGCGUGAGAAAUGUAUACUACCCAAAAAAUCCUGGUCUUGAAGGGUCUGCUGGAGUGAAGGAAUCAGCCCAUAGGGGAUUGGAAACUACAUGAGGGACUAUUCCAUUUAGGUACAAUUUUGCACCAAACCAAUCUGUUUCGGUUAUCUAGGAGAUUGGAAACUACAUGAGGGACUAUUCCAUUUAGGUGGUGUAGUCAGGAGGAGGCUUCCCUUGAAGAAAUGACGAAAUCAGUGUUAGUGCCCGCUGCGGUUGACUGCUUGGUACCAUGUGCCCAGCUCCCCGUACCGUGAUGAAUAAUAAUCCUUUGUACCCUACGAAAUACCCUCCAACCUGCCGUUGUUUGUUACAUGGUAAAUAUGAGAGAGAGAGAGAGAGAGAGAGAGAGAGAGAGAGAGAGAGAGAGACAUCGAUUAUAAUAUGUUACCUGAGAGUUAGAAUACCACGGGUGCCAGGUUAGCUCGACUGGGAGUUUCAUGGCAUUUAUUGAAUACUUGGAUGAUGUUAUAGGAACCCGACCGUCAACAUCACCACUGCAAGUUUCAGAUAGAUGUGGAUUCAAGUUGCAAUGUGUUUCAGUGCAGAGCUUACACUAUUUAAGGCUGCAAUAUUUUCUGUAGUACAUAUUAUACUGUUCCAAUGCUGGAACAUGUUGAAGAAAAGGCACAUAGAGAGGAUGCAGAAAAUCAUGUUUUACCUGUAUAUCCAUACACUAAUGCCACUAGCUAUGAGCUGCUGGAUUGUGGGAAGCACGGUUUUUGGGCUAUCCUUCCAUCCUUCAAUGAUGUUGCUGCGCCAAGGUUUUAUCAAAAACUUUGAUUACUCAUUGACAUUGUGGGCUAUUUUUAGCAGGAAGACUGACUUAUUAGCAGGUACUCAUCUACUUUCUAGCUUCUUGCUAGUUUCAAAACUUGGUUAGAAAUAAUUGUAAUUUGCAAAUGUCAAGUCUUAAAAACUAUUGCUGGAAUGAGAAUGGAAGAAGAGAUCCAAGAGUUCUCUCUUUGAACUUCCCCUUCCAUUUCAUCAUGCAUUCAAGAGCAUUGAAUGUAUAUGGUAAAAACUACAAAUUAAGGGGGAGGGAAAAUCGAGUACCUGCAACCUUCCCAAUUCGUAGCUUUUGCAUGGAGUGCUUUUUGCACCUGGGUUUGAUUCAGGUACGCAUGGACAUAAUUGUCGGAGCAGGGGUCCAAAUUGUUGACCUAGUUUUGAAACAUAAAGAGAUGGUUUUGGUAAACAUGAAACAUGGAGAUCAGAGUGGCUUGGUUGAGUAAAUCAUGGGAGGUGCUUUAUGACACUGUUCUUUGAACACAUUUUUGUGGAGUGCUUGGCAUUAAAAGACUUACAGAACCGGUGGCACGUUUUGACGAUGAUGCCGUAGUACACACUGGGGCGUAGAUGUUGUAAAUGUCGAUAUUUCCCAUCUCAUAAUCCCCCAGAGUCGUGUAUUCACUGCAUUGACUCGAAAUAUUUCCCGUUUUGAAGUCGCAGUAUUUGUGAAUUCCAGCAUUAGUUUCAUCUGAGACCAAUCCAUGCGUCCAGAAGAAGUCAUACAUCCCUGCCGUGCAGAGACUAUCAUCUACCCAUGGAUUCCCAAUCUGCAGAAUUAUGUUUUGAAGAGUACCCUAAGAUUAAUGAACCUCAAAAAACACACAAAAAGAGGUUUCUUUCGGAGGAGGAAAAGAAUUCUUCUGAUAAACUUACUGCAACGCCCUUAAGAUUGAUGCUGCUGUGAUUUUUGUUCAUCUUAUAUGAGAGGAUUGUGUAAGCAAACUGAGGUGCAUAAUGUCCGGCAUAGCUCUCCCCAGCUAUGUAGAAAUCCCGACCUUUGUAUUGGGGGAAUCUCUCGAGCCAGUUAACUAGAAAAGUGUACGAGUCCUCAGCCGUGCUCUUGUCACCAGCGGUGUUGUAGUCGGAGGAUCUGUUUGAGUAUGAGAACCCGACCCCGGCUGGUGAUUCCAGGAAGAUGACAUUUGCAACUGCCACGUUUUGAGGGACCUUAGUUAUUGGGCGAGCAAAAAUUUAUGAAUCAAAUGAGUGAAUUUACGGAUUGUCUUGGUUACCGUUGUUCCAUGCAUAUUCAUUGCGGAAGAGCGUCCGUCCGUUGCUGUUGACUCUGAAUGGUCCCAGUUCUUGCAUGGCUCCGUACCCAAAAGAUGAGCAUCCUGGCCCUGCAAAACACGGUGCCGCAUCAUUCAUUUUUUGGCAAUUAGAGAAGCUAAAUCGUAGUAAGUGUUAAGUUGGAUGAUCUUCACGGCUUCACAUGAAAUCAUCAGAGGGGAAUGCAUGGGGCCCCUAGUCCGUCUUUGAUGCUAUCACAUGAGCUCGUGAUAUUACAGGACUGUCACCCUAAACGUUAUUUUCUAUUUUGUAUAAUAAAAUGAAUAUUUUUGUAAAUUUCGUGUAGGUGUCCGGUUCUAUAUAUAAUGUUUUUUUGGGCUGCAAAUGAAAGGAGCCCCCCACAACAUGGGGUUCUGGCAUGAUUCUUUCAGUGGCGGGUCCAGGCUUGCUGACCCAGCUGGGCAAUUUUGUUGCUUUGGGGAUCCGGCAGGACAAAAUGUUCCAAGGGAAAUUAUAUCAGGCUCAUCCUGAGAGGAGGGAAACCAUGGACAAUGGAGACGAUGAGAUUGGCAUCUUGGCCAUCACACCAUUCUGGAAUGAAUGGAUGGGGCAAUUUUCAGUCUGCGGGUGAAGGGUGAUCAUUUUUGGGAAGGAAUAUAUAGUGUCUUUUUGGUGAGACUGUGACACGAUUGCCCAACUGAAAGUGAAUGUUGGUUUCCUUCUUCUACUCAAGAACCAUCCAGGAUAGUGGCUGGAGUUGUGUCAAUUCUGCUUUUGCACUUUGGCCGUUACUGCUGUUCCCUCCUUAUCAUUAUUGAUGUAUUGUGUAAAUUUCAACUUGAUCCGUCUACGUUGAUAUAUAUAUAUUUAUCAUUGUGGGCCGUCCCUUUCAUAAACCCUGUAUAUGUUAAAGAGUUUUUUGCACCGGACUGCUAU